UGAUGGAAGGAAACAUUUUAUGAAAGAAGACACCAAGUGCAAUGGCAGGAGGCUCUCACCUAGUUUGGCUUCCCCUGCUUCUCUCAGGUGUCUUUGAAACUUCUGACAGCAGACAUGUCCCACCGGAGACGAACAAAACAUUUAUCAGCCGUGCAGGAAGUGCAAAUGUGGCUUCUUUCCUUGGCAAGAUCCCAAUAACAUUACCGGAAGGAAUUAAUCCUGAGAAUAUACAUUUCACAUCAGUUAACAUAGCAAGCUGUACUGAUAUGGAGGAACAGAUUCAUUUGCUGAACAAGCAGCUUCAGGAGACAACAUUCCGUAGCAGCCAGCAAGGUGAAGAAGCCUUUGAGUUGAGGAGGGACGUCAGGCUGCUGAAAAUGCAACUUGCUACAUGCAGUUCAUCAGCCUCAGCUGUUACUGGCCCUUAUAAAAACCAGCUAUACUAUCAAAUGAAACUGCUGCUGGAGACGUUUGACAGUGAUGCUUUUCUGAAUCUAAAAGUCAUUGCACUAACCAGGGAGGUAACAGCAUUACAGAUGAGGAUCGAACUGGCUGCUAAUUCUACUGAAACUGAAAUUAUGGUGCUACACAAUGAGCUGCAAGUGAAGAUGAAGGAUCUCCACGCUAAGAAGCAACAAAUGGAAAGACGAUUCUCAAACUCAGAACUCAUUCUUCAGAUCAUCUCACUGCAAAAUCAGAUCUGGGAAUUAGAAGUGGAAGAAUUGAGAAGAGGAGAAACUGUUCUUCAGCAGGACAGUAGAAUUGCUGCUCUACAGAAACAACUGGACAUGAAGCUCAGGGAGCUGCGACAACAAGGAGAUGCGAGUUCAGUCUUGCUGGAGAUCAUUUCUGUGCACAGUAGGAUUGCCGUGAUCCAGAGACUCAUCAGUGUCCACAUUGAGAAAUCCAGAGCUAAUUCGCUUGAUUACCAGAUGCAAAUGAAACAAAAGAGUGAGAUCCUGACAAAGAAGAUUUUACGCUUGAAUCGUGAGGAGAGUAACACAGAACUAACAAGGGAAAUUUUGAUUCUGCAGGAUGAACUGGAAAUUCUCAGACAGAUGAUGUCCGACGCCAAAACUAAUCACAGACUUACAGGCCUGAGAGUUAUUCUGGAACAGGGGAAGAGCCAACAAGAACACUUACAGAAACAACUGGAGGAGACAGAUUUUACACAGGCACAACUGAUCAUGAAGAUCAUCGGCAUGAUGAGAGAGGUGAGAGAGCAGCAGAGGGAUGGGCAACAGCAGACAACAUCAACAAGCCAAACCACUGUUCUGACUCUGCUUCGAGGGGAAUAUGCAAAAGCUCAGGCUGACAUAAAGGAGCUGCAGCGGCUGGUGCAAGAGAAGAGUCAAAAAUGCCCUGGAUAUGAGGAGAGAUACUCACACUUAAAGACUGAAUUCGAACAGAAGAUUGCAGAACUCAAUAGAACUGUAGACUCCAAAGCAGCAAUCAUUUUGAAUGUGAUAAACCUGCAUGGUGAGCUGACAACUCUGAUGAUACCGAUCUCGACGACAAAAGACCCAGACAGGCUCUCAGAUCUGCACAGGCAGGUGGAGGAGAAGAAAAAGGAAUUUCACUCCAAGACUGCAGACAUGAAGAGAUUGAUUGUCAACCACAACCUAAUUCAGUCAAUCAAUGAGCUGCAGCAGGAAAUCUGGGAACUGCAGGAAAGUGGGUUCAGUGAAAUGACAAGGAACCAGGAAAGAGAGUUGCAAACCAGACUGGAUGGCCUCAUCAGGGAAAUAAACAACAAAGGCGAUGAAAGCAUCAAACUGAUGCUGAAAAUCAUGACGCUGCAGAGUCAGGUGAAGCAGCUGCAGAGACAGCUUUUACAACACCACAUGGUAAAAAACGCUACGGUAGCCCAGCUUGAAAAGGAUCUUUCUACUAAAGAGAAGGAGCUGAAGAAAUCCGUUGAUGAGCUGACCGAGGAGAAUCCAGCAAACGCCCAAUUGAUUGUGACCAUCACUGAUCUCACCAACCGCCUCAGAAAACUACAACAAGAAACACGAGGCGGGGGCAUAACAACUUCUGCAACAAUUACUAAGCUAAUGAAACAACUGAAGAUAAAAGAAGAGGAGCACUUUCGGGAUCAGGUUGAGAUUACAGCUCUGCAGAAUGAACUGAACCAGACGACGGCACAGUGUUCCAGCUUUGGGAAGAAAAUUCAAGAGCUGCAGACUGAUCUGGAUGAGAAGCUGAGGAAACUUCAGUCUGAAUCGGACAGCGUCACUUCACUUGCUCUUCAAGUUUCUACAAUAACCAUGCAACAGGAGGAGUUAAAGAGACAACUCCAAAACACUGAUUCUGAAGCCAAGAUACAAGAGCUUCAGAAACGAAUAGAGGAAAUAAACAACAAGUUGGCCGAAAAAACCGAGGAGCUGAAAGCAAGAAGCGCUCAACCCCAAAGAUUUCUACAUAUUAUCUCAAUACAAACAAAGAUAGCAAAGUUAGUGAACGUGGCAGCAAACAACACAGAUUACACUAAAAUUAGAGCACUCCAGGACUAUUUGAAUGAACUGAUCGAAGGAAUUCAAGAUGAAAACGAUGAAAAUACCCAACUGCUCUUUAAGGUCUUGACUCUUCAAGAGGAAGUAGCACGGCUGAAGAAACAAGAAAAGAGUCAGUCAGAAGCUCAGUUAAAGAAAAUUAAAGAUCUGGAGAACGAAUUGGAGGACAUCAGAAGUCAGAUAGCAGAAAAGACUCUUUUGCUGGACUCCAGGGAUCUGAACUUUUCUAAUCUGUCGGCUCAAAUUAUGGAACUUCACCAAAAAAUCAAACCACUGGAAGAUGAAAUAUCAGACCUCAAAGAGCAACAAGCUGAGAACUUUGCAGAGCUUCAAGAGAGACUGAGUUUGACAAAGAGACAACUGCAAGACAGCGAACUUCGACUCAAGGAUGCAGACGCAAAGAAUUUUCAAUCGAUGAUGGAUAUCAUUGAUCUGAGGGAACAGCUGACAAAGGCUCAGAAACAAGCAUCAAAAGCUGCUGGACAAAAUAUAAAUGUAUUGGAACAACAACUUCAAACACAACAAAGAGAGAAUAAAAAACUGGAAAAGUCAAACAGAGACUUAAAACAAACGUUAAAAGAACUGAAGAUGAGCUGCAACGAUCAGAACACCCUCUGUGAAGAGCCACAGAUACAACUGCAGGUGUGCCAGCAGGAUAUGGAUCGUCUGGAGCAACAGCUGCAAGAGCGGGAUGCCCGCCUCAAACAGCUGCAGCAGGAGUCGGAGGAACAGGCGAGGCAGUCUAACAGACUGCAGCAAGAAAAUCUGAAGCUAAUGAAGCAACUGAAGAUAAAAGAAGAGGAACACUUUCGUGAUCAGGUUGAGAUUACAGCUCUGCAGAAUGAACUGAACCAGACGACGGCACAGUGUUCCAGCUUUGGGAAGAAAAUUCAAGAGCUGCAGACUGAUCUGGAUGAGAAGCUGAGGAAACUGCAUUCUGAAUCGGACAGCGUCACUUCACUUGCUCUUCAAGUUUCUACAAUAACCAUGCAACAGGAGGAGUUAAAGAGACAACUCCAAAACACUGAUUCUGAAGCCAAGAUACAAGAGCUUCAAAAACAAAUAAAGGAAAAGAACAAGACGUUGGCCGAAAAAAACGAGGAGCUGAAAGCAAGAAGCGCUCAACCCCAAAGAUUUCUACAUAUUAUCUCAAUACAAACAGAGAUAGCAAAGUUAGUGAACGUGGCAGCAAACAACACAGAUUACAGUAAAAUUAGAGCACUCCAGGACCAGUUGAAUGAUCUGAUCGAAGGAAUUCAAGAUGAAAACAAUGAAAAUACCCAACUGCUCUUUAAGGUUUUGACUCUUCAAGAGGAAGUAGCACGACUGAAGAAACAAGAAAAGAGUCAGUCAGAAGCUCAGUUAAAGAAAAUUAAAGAUCUGGAGAACGAAUUGGAGGACAUCAGAAGUCAGAUAGCAGAAAAGACUCUUUUGCUGGACUCCAGGGAUCUGAACUUUUCUAAUCUGUCUGUUCAAAUUAUGGAACUUCAACAAAAAGUCAAACCACUAGAAGAUGAAAUAUCAAAACUCAAAGACCAAAAUGCUGAGAACUUUUCAGAGCUUCAAGAGAGACUGAGUUUGACAAAGAGACAACUGCAAGACAGCGAACUUCGACUCAAGGAUGCAGACGCAAAGAAUUUUCAAUCGAUGAUGGAUAUCAUUGAUCUGAGGGAACAGCUGACAAAGGCUCAGAAACAAGCAUCAAAAGCUGCUGGAAAAAAUAUUAAUGUAUUGGAAAAACAACUUCAAACACAACAAAGAGAGAAUAAAAAACUGGAAAACUCAAACAGAGCUCUGCAGAAUGAACUGAACCAGACGACGGCACAGUGUUCCAGCUUUGGGAAGAAAAUUCAAGAGCUGCAGACUGAUCUGGAUGAGAAGCUGAGGAAACUGCAGUCUGAAUCGGACAGCGUCACUUCACUUGCUCUUCAAGUUUCUACAAUAACCAUGCAACAGGAGGAGUUAAAGAGACAACUCCAAAACACUGAUUCUGAAGCCAAGAUACAAGAGCUUCAAAAACAAAUAAAGGAAAAGAACAAGACGUUGGCCGAAAAAACCGAGGAGCUGAAAGCAAGAAGCGCUCAACCCCAAAGAUUUCUACAUAUUAUCUCAAUACAAACAGAGAUAGCAAAGUUAGUGAACGUGGCAGCAAACAACACAGAUUACAGUAAAAUUAGAGCACUCCAGGACCAGUUGAAUGAUCUGAUCGAAGGAAUUCAAGAUGAAAACAAUGAAAAUACCCAACUGCUCUUUAAGGUUUUGACUCUUCAAGAGGAAGUAGCACGACUGAAGAAACAAGAAAAGAGUCAGUCAGAAGCUCAGUUAAAGAAAAUUAAAGAUCUGGAGAACGAAUUGGAGGACAUCAGAAGUCAGAUAGCAGAAAAGACUCUUUUGCUGGACUCCAGGGAUCUGAACUUUUCUAAUCUGUCUGCUCAAAUUAAGGAACUUCAACAAAAAGUCAAACCACUGGAAGAUGAAAUAUCAAAACUCAAAGACCAAAAUGCUGAGAACUUUUCAGAGCUUCAAGAGAGACUGAGUUUGACAAAGAGACAACUGCAAGACAGCGAACUUCGACUCAAGGAUGCAGACGCAAAGAAUUUUCAAUCGAUGAUGGAUAUCAUUGAUCUGAGGGAACAGCUGACAAAGGCUCAGAAACAAGCAUCAAAAGCUGCUGGAAAAAAUAUUAAUGUAUUGGAAAAACAACUUCAAACACAACAAAGAGAGAAUAAAAAACUGGAAAACUCAAACAGAGCUCUGCAGAAUGAACUGAACCAGACGACGGCACAGUGUUCCAGCUUUGGGAAGAAAAUUCAAGAGCUGCAGACUGAUCUGGAUGAGAAGCUGAGGAAACUGCAUUCUGAAUCGGACAGCGUCACUUCACUUGCUCUUCAAGUUUCUACAAUAACCAUGCAACAGGAGGAGUUAAAGAGACAACUCCAAAACACUGAUUCUGAAGCCAAGAUACAAGAGCUUCAAAAACAAAUAAAGGAAAAGAACAAGACGUUGGCCGAAAAAACCGAGGAGCUGAAAGCAAGAAGCGCUCAACCCCAAAGAUUUCUACAUAUUAUCUCAAUACAAACAGAGAUAGCAAAGUUAGUGAACGUGGCAGCAAACAACACAGAUUACAGUAAAAUUAGUGCACUCCAGGACCAGUUGAAUGAUCUGAUCGAAGGAAUUCAAGAUGAAAACAAUGAAAAUACCCAACUGCUCUUUAAGGUUUUGACUCUUCAAGAGGAAGUAGCACGACUGAAGAAACAAGAAAAGAGUCAGUCAGAAGCUCAGUUAAAGAAAAUUAAAGAUCUGGAGAACGAAUUGGAGGACAUCAGAAGUCAGAUAGCAGAAAAGACUCUUUUGCUGGACUCCAGGGAUCUGAACUUUUCUAAUCUGUCUGCUCAAAUUAAGGAACUUCAACAAAAAGUCAAACCACUGGAAGAUGAAAUAUCAAAACUCAAAGACCAAAAUGCUGAGAACUUUUCAGAGCUUCAAGAGAGACUGAGUUUGACAAAGAGACAACUGCAAGACAGCGAACUUCGACUCAAGGAUGCAGACGCAAAGAAUUUUCAAUCGAUGAUGGAUAUCAUUGAUCUGAGGGAACAGCUGACAAUGGCUCAGAAACAAGCAUCAAAAGCUGCUGAAAAAAAUAUAAAUGUAUUGGAAAAACAACUUCAAACACAACAAAGAGAGAAUAAAAAACUGGAAAACUCAAACAGAGACUUAAAACAAACGUUAAAAGAACUGAAGAUGAGCUGCAACGAUCAGAACACCCUCUGUGAAGAGCGACAGACACAACUGCAGGUGUGCCAGCAGGAUAUAGAUCGUCUCAAACAGCUGCAGCAGGAGUCGGAGGAACAGGCGAGGCAGUCUAACAGACUGCACCAGCAGGAAAACCAGAUCUUAGAGGACCGACUGCAACAGUCCCAGCAGAAGGUUGAAGACCUGCAGCAGCAACUGCCUGCGAAGGACGCCAUGCUGAACCGGCUGCAACAGGAGCUAGAAGAGAAGGCCACACAGAAUAACAGACUGCAGGACAAAUACGGCAACCUGGAAAACGAGAAUAACAGAAUUGCGGAGAUUGUGCAAGGUCUUCAAAACCAGCUCAGUGAAGUGGACGAAAGGACGAUCAAUACCAGGAAGGGUACUUUUGAUCCGAACACAGCAAACCCAAGAAUAGUUCUGUCUGCAGAUAAUACUGAGAUGUCCACUACUGAAGAAAUACAAAACGUCCAGGACCACCCAGGCCGCUUUGAUGUGGUCCUUGCCAUCCUGGGCGAGUCCGGGUUCUCAAGUGGAAGACAUUACUGGGAGGUGUCUGUUGCUGGGAAGUCUUGUUACCACAUUGGGAUGGCCAGUGAAACUGCUCCAAGGAGGGGGUCGAUUACAUUCAGUCCAACAAACGGCUAUUGGACUAUAGUUAAAAACAAACAGGGCCAUUACAGAGCUAUUGAUAAUAGACCUGUUGUACUUCCAGUGCAGGCGCAGCUUCUGACACUGGGUAUUCUGCUGGAUUAUAAAAAGGGACAGGUCUCUUUUUACAAUGCUGGUGCCAGGUCUCAUAUAUACUCAUUUCAAAGUCAAAGGUUUACUGACAAAAUCCAUCCAUUCAUCAAUUUCUGUAUCGAGGACAUUGAAAGACGUACUCCGAUUGUUCUACUAACCCCUGGAUCUACUGACUGGAUAAAAUAGGGAGGUGGUGAUUUAAGUUUUAUCCAUGUACAGUAUCACAUUUAUAAUUACCUCAGUAAGCUACAAAAUAAUCCCUGUGAAUGCAGAAUAGUUCACAUACUUAUAAAUGCUGUUGAAUAUUUCAGACAAUAAAACACUUCAAAUAUACAACAA